UGUAAACUAAUUCGUAUGUAUAUGGGGAAAUUUGUCAACAAAGUUAAAAAAGUAAACAUACAUGAACAUAUUAAUUUUCAAUUUAUUUAAAGAAGUGGCUUCAACAUAGUUUUUAAUAAAGUCAACCGUUAUUUUAAAAUAACCUGCGAUCCAACAUGAAACUCAAAAAUACCUUUGAAUUUCCUAAUCUGAACCAUUUAUUGGACAACAAGGGAAUUAAUUCAAAUAAAGUAGUAAUUGUGUCUAUUGUUGGAAAAAGUUCUCUUAAUACAUUGGGUUUGAAAUUGAAAUCAAUCGGCAGAAUUUUUCCUUUAGGCAAUCAUAGCCCAGAUAAAACUUACAUCAAAGGAUCCUAUGAUGAAGAACACCAAAUAGUAUACCUGCAUCUUUAUAGUUUAUUAGACACUGAUAUUUUAAUUGAGAAACUAGGAAUAUUAAAGAACUCUGAUUUUGAUAAAGAUUUUUUAGUUGCUUAUGAUGAGGUGAAAAGUUCAUUUUGUCGAUAUCUGCUGUUUUUGUUCUAUUGCAGUCACAUUAUUGUUUUGUCUCACCCUGGAACCCUUUUUGACAUAAGCUAUAUUCAAUAUUUUAAAGCCCUCGAUUUAUUAAGCAAGAAGCUUUUCGACAAAAUAUGCGACAAUCUGAAAAACUUGGACGUAUUAGGGCCAGAGUGGGUGGCGAAUGGCAGGCCCUGUACUCCAAGGAUAUUAUUCUAUUUUGAACGAGCGAAUACCUCAAACAGGACAAGUUUAAAAAAACUAGAACAUAAUUUAGAAGAUAAAAUUUAUCAUAUUUUGAAGAAGACCAGAAUCAUUACAACGACAGGCUGCUCAUUAUUUGCGAUUCCACUGAACGAUGAGUUCGUUUAUAUCUCGGAAGAAGCUCCAAAAGAUCGCCUUACUGAAACUAUGCAAGGACUUAUCCAAGACUGUCAGCCAGGUGGAGCGAUGCAAGUAGAACCUCCGUUUUCCAGUCACCCUUAUAUGGACAAAGACUUUUUCAAGUUUCUGUUGGUGCAUGUCCAACAAGCCAAAACCAAGGGUUUUGAUGACACUGUUUCCUCAAGCAGACACCAACACAUUCCUAGUUAUUUUGAGCUUCCAUUACUGUCACACUGGAUUGAAGCCGCCAAAUGCCUUCACGAUCUUAUAAUUAAACAAGAAAAACCCAUAACUUCUCUGCAUACUGACACAAGAUUUUCGGACCAAAGAUGUCUGAAAGUCUUGCCUUUAGCAAUUGCCAGAUACCAGGAAGGCCUUCAGCCACAUUAUGCAAAGGCUGAACAUGAGGCCAGGCUUGCAUUGGCUUUGGGGCUUUUUAGGGCCCAGGCAAGAGGACCUAAAUAUCCGAAAUACGAACUUCAAUUAGAAGUGGAAUGCCAAGCUCAUUGGGAGAACGGGAGGCAGCAAUGCGAGGCCGCUUCUAUGACGGGGAAUCCGUGUAAAUUGCCUAAACAUACCUCCGAUCAGGAGCAUAUGAGUGGAUUUGUCUAUAAAUCUGUAUGUGAUUGCGGGCGAAAAAUCGGUUUGCGAGACGAUCCUUAUACCGCAUUGCAAGCAAAUUACAUCUUCUAUCAACAAAUUGCUAAAGAAUGCCAAUGCCUAAAAUUGGAAAGAAUCGAAUUCGCUAUUUUCGAACCUUCUAUAAAAGAGUUCAAGGCGGCUACCCUAAACGAAAAUGAAGAGCCUAUGUCGGUCCUCUCUGAUAGAAGUGGUCAACUUAGUCCAGAGGCGGAAAAGACUCUGGUUAGGCAAGCGAGUACUACUGAAUACCUUCCCGGAAUGUUAACCCAAAACUCUCCUCUAGGGUUGCUUCCGGUGUUUGCCAGUUGGUCGCUCGUAUGUUUAGGAGCGUCAUCUUUAUACAGUCAUAAUCUAGGUCUUUCUGAGUCCCACCAUCCAGGCUUUUUAAGUUCAACAAAUUAUCUGCUUCCUUGGGAUGUAACAGUUGGAUCGAAAUCCAAGAAAGCAUGGCCUGCAAUAGGAAAGUAUUCAUCUAGAGGCAGAAGGGGAAGACCGACAAGUACCGUUUUGCCCCAAACGGUCAAAGUAUUUAUUGGAGUCGAAUACGAAUGCUCUAGCGGUCACAGAUUUAUGCUCUCAGCUCCUGAUAAAAUGCUAAAAGCAACUCCAGGCAGCAUAGUCAAAGAAACGGGACACAAAGUGGCUGAAUCAGACAUGCCCCUUUACUAUCCAUGUUCUUGUAGGGCCGGAAAAAUCGCUCAGCUUAUGAGGCUACACGUGGUUACACCGAAAGCUCCCGUUUAUUGUACUUUGAACCCGAGGGUUCAGCCAGCAGAAAGAGCCCCAAUUUUUGUUCCAUCUAAUGAUGGGCCAGUAAAACUGAGCCAGUCUGCAUAUUGGGUAAUGAGAUUACCGUUUGUUUAUGUGGCAGAUAAAGAGCAUUUUACUCAAAACUUGACUGGGAAGUUACUUUCUAAAACUUUUGGUGUUGUCGAAGCUGAUUAAUAACUUUUUCUAGUGCAAUACAUAUUUCAUUAUGUCA